AAAUGUCUGGAAUUCCGUUUCCGCUUUAGGGAGUGGACUGUGAUUUUCCUCUCUUUUUUUACUUGACUUUUCCUCCGGUGUUGUCUUCUCCGUGGACACUUUCUAGUGGAUUAACCGGAUUAUAUCUCGACCCUGUGGACCAUGGCCUCCUCGCCGCAGAAGUCUCCGUCUUCCCCUAAAUCCCCGACGCCCAAAUCCCCGUCAUCCAGGAAGAAGGACGACUCUUUCCUGGGAAAACUUGGCGGAACUUUGGCGAGAAGGAAAAAAGCGAAAGAAGUGUCCGAGCUUCAAGAAGAAGGAAUUAACGCCAUCAACCUUCCUCUCAGCCCCUCCCACUAUGAGCUGGACCCCGAGGACACGCUGCUGGAGGAGAAUGAAGUGCGGACUAUGGUGGACCCAAACUCCAAGAGCGACCGCAAACUACAGGAGCUCAUGAAGGUGCUGAUCGACUGGAUCAACGACGUCCUGGUGGGAGAGAGGAUCAUCGUGAAGGAUCUGGCUGAAGAUAUGUACGACGGUCAGGUUCUGCAGAAGCUCUUUGAAAAGCUGGAAGGUGAGAAACUGAACGUGGCCGAGGUGACGCAGUCGGAGAUCGCCCAGAAACAGAAGCUGCAGACGGUAUUGGAGAGGAUCAACGACUCGCUCAAACUCUCCACCAGGAACAUCCGCUGGAACGUGGACUCCGUUCAUGCCAAGAGUAUUGUUGCCAUCCUGCACCUGCUGGUGGCGCUGUCCCAGCACUUCAGAGCACCAAUCAGAUUGCCCGACCACGUCUCUAUUCAAGUCGUGGUUGUUCAGAAACGAGAGGGCAUCCUUCAGUCCAGACAGAUUCAAGAGGAAAUCACUGGUAACACAGAGGCGUUCUCUGGGAGACACGAGCGCGACGCCUUCGACACACUGUUUGACCACGCUCCGGAUAAACUCAACGUCGUCAAAAAGACAUUGAUCACAUUUGUGAACAAACACCUAAACAAGCUGAACCUGGAGGUGACGGAAUUGGACACACAGUUUGCAGAUGGUGUUUACCUGGUGUUGCUGAUGGGGCUGCUGGAAGGAUACUUUGUGCCUCUCUACAACUUCUUCCUCACACCGGAGAAUUUCGACCAGAAGGUCCACAACGUGUCCUUCUCCUUUGAGCUGAUGCAGGAUGGAGGUCUGGAGAGACCAAAGCCCCGACCAGAAGACAUCGUGAACUGUGACCUCAAGUCCACCCUGCGCGUCCUCUACAACCUCUUCACCAGGUACAGGAACGUCGACUGAGCGUCACACGUUAGCAGGAGGAACCACUUGCUUAAGACGAACUUAAUACUUACAUAUUUUGUUUUGGUUUUUUUAUCUGAGCGCAUGCGUCACAAUAUUCCACGAUAUUUUUAGCUCUUAUUCGUAAACUCGGCAUUUUGCUACGCAGUCUUGCAGGAGUCUAAACAAAAUGGCUGAAAUUAUUGUUAAAUCGAGUCUUAUUAUUAUUUUUAUUAUUAUUAUUAUUCCUAAUUUUACAUCCCUCGAGAGAUUUUCGAUGAUCAAUACUUUGACUGUUUACCUGUAUUUAUUGUUCAUUUUGACACCGCUCCCUGUUCUUGUACCUUUAUUUAAACCGAUCAGUUCCGCGAUACAUGAACAUUUGUGUUCGUGCACUCGUCGCUCCUCUUAAAGUUACAUUUUUUUCCUUUUGAAUGUGCGGAGGAACAUUUGAAAAUGAUGUGGAACUUUAUUGCCAAAAAAAAACAAAAAAACCUUGAUUUACGUUAUAUAACUGCGAUAAUUGUAAAAUUCUUCUUUGAAUUCCUAAAACUACGAACAACUGUUUGUAUCGCAGAUGGGAUACGUCUUGUAAGUGAAUAUUAUAAGUGAAGAAAAGUUUUUAAAUCCUGACAUCACAAAAUGAUCAGAAAAAUCAGCAGGCGCCCCCUUGUGGCACGUCAAAAUAAAUCACUAAGUCUGUUUGUUAGUGAACAACUAACACAAAAUAUUA